UCGCAUCAGCCUCCACGUGCGCAUCCAUCCAAUCCACGGUUCCGCACCGCAUUUUUGUCCAUGCCUGACCUGAGCGUCGCCUUCCCUUCCCUUCCUUCCUCUCUCCCUAGGCAACCGAGUGAACGAACAUGGCGGCGUCCAGCAACGCAGAACAAUCACCAGAACUCUCGAGGCCGUUAAAGAUCCCAAAAACCGAGGUGCCAUCCCCUGAGUCGGAGGAUUUGAGCGACCAGUAUCACUCCGGUCCCUCCACACCCAACCGCUUCUCGCCGUUGAACGUGGGCUCCGCGGGCUCCGCGGGCUCCGUUGCCCGGACGGCAUCGGCGGCGGCGGCGGCGGGCUCAUCCUCCAACAACUACACUGCUUGUCGGGGUAUGUCGUGGACCCCUUCGGAAACAAACGCCCUCAUCGCCGUGUGGGGGAACGAGAGGCUCACGGAGGCCAAGAUGCAGCAGUUGGAAGUGGCGGGCACCAUGUUUACCGCUAAGGCCCCCGGCCCUGCCAUGUACGAGCGGGUGUCCAGAGCCUUGUCGGACUUGGGCUACGAGAGGACCCCGUCUCAGUGCCGGGAGAGGAUGAAGACACUUCGGCGUUGCUACAGCCGUGUGAAGGAGCAUGGCAUCGGCAAGAGGAAGAGCAGCUAUACCAUAGAGCAACUGGAGAAGGUGUUUGGUCAGGGAGGCUGGGAUUCCCAAAGCUGUGCUCCGGUGCUGAUCAACAGCAGUGGACUUUACCAGGAGAUGGAAUCGGACGGCAGCACCUUGGAAGACUUCUCACAGGAGGACUGGUGCAACCAGGUGCUUGAUUCGGCUUUCCAGGAGGGAGACGUGGACGCCGCCGAAGAAAUACAUAUGCCGAAAAGCAGAGUUCUUCAGAUUCAAGCGGAGCUGUCGGAGCAAAUCCAAAAAAAGGACACAAUGCAGACGCUGAUACGUAUCCUGGAAUCGGUGCAGCUCAAAUGGGAGCACUUUCAAACUUGGACCGAGUUUUCCCGCCUGCACCUCUCAAACAAGCUAGCCAUCUUCGGCGUCGGUUACGACACUCGCUGGCGAGAAGACGUGCGUUACCAUUAUGCCGAGAUAAGUUCGCAGGUACCGCUGGGAAAGCGGCUUCGUGAAUACUUCAAUCCAGAGAAGCCUGAGGGCAAAACCGUCAUGACCAAAGUUCAAAAGAUGAACUGGAAGAAUGUCUACUACAAAUUCCUGGACAUUACCAUCAGCGAAGCGCGCUGCUUAGAGCUGCACAUGGAGGUGGAUUGGCUUCUAGUGUCCUUGUCAAGGGAAGCAGGGUGCAGCAUGUCCACAUCUCACUACCUCCUCCCCGGGGACCUCCCCAAGACGUACGGACUCUACGCUAUCGGUUACGAGGCGGCGGCGGCAUCGGGUCGGACCUCUCCCCAAAGUGAGAUUCACAACUGUAGCUUACCUCAAUGUGAGUCCGAGAACUGUCAGACUGAUGGAGCAGGGAAUAGUGACAGCACUGGGCCUAAAGUCACUUACUGCUACCUUGGCAUUGCUGAAGCUAGGACCAUUCAACAGUGUCUCUUACAGAAUUUUCAGAUUCCUGCCAAAAAAUACUUCCAAAGUGAGGGCUCCUUGCUGACUCAUUUUCUUCAAGAGAACUGUCGCAACUGUGUCUUAAAUGAGCCUGGCUCUUUAGCAAUUUACAUUAAAUUCAUAGAGGUGGAUCUGGACUUCCUCUCUGCAGGUUCCUUAGUGGAGUGCCUGGAAACUGCACUUGGUUAUUCUUUGAAGUACAACAACAAUGAAGCAUUUUAUGCCCAACCAAGCUAAGGUGACCAGUUACCUAGAGACUAAAAUGACAUAUCCACAAAAUGGUUACAUCAUGUCUGUGGAAAUGGGAACAUUUCAAAAGCUGUCACUCUUAUUUAUUUGUCCAAAUGAAUGCAUCGGUCUACCUCAGUAGAAUUAGUAGUGAUGUAACAAGGGGACCAUAAGAGAUAUCAUAUCAGAUUACUAGUGCUCAAACUACAGACUAAUGAACUGCGGGGCCUUAAUUCAAAUGAUAUACUAUGUGUCACGAUUUGAAACUCGAAUGAAGUCAAGAACUUUCAGCCCUCACUUCAUAGGGGUGUCUGAUAUCCCACCCACAUUGCAAAAACAGCUUCAUUGAGUACUUUUACUUCCCCAUGGGUUGACCCGGAACUGAAGAAGCACUAGAAAAUUGAUGGAUGUAAUGCAAAGUACAACCACAAGUAUACAUGUUCUUGUGGUUUGGGGAAGAGAGAGAGAGAGAGAGAAAAAAAAGGGUUUCAGACAGGCUGACGACAAAAUGCGAAACCGUGGGCCUUUCUGAGAAUAAUUUCAGAGUUUAUGUGCAAUGUGCCAGUCAAGGACUGUCCAGAGUUGAUUCAAAGAAAAUGGGAAAAAAGAUUGAAAGCGAUAUUCUCUUUUGAUUAGCAAUCAAAUUAAUGUACUGUAUAUUCAGUAUAGAUAUAAAAUAUACCUUAUAUUGACAUUAACUUAUCUAAAUAAAUAUCUAUCUAUAUAUACAGUAUAUAUGUGCAAUCCAGCUAUUGAAAAUGUUUAUCUGUUUUGGUCUGCAAUACCAGUCAACGGUGUUUUCUAUUUUAUUGGCUGACGCCUUGUUCUUGAUUGUUGUCAUGUGGAGGUCACUGUCAUUGUUAAAAACAAUAAAUGGGGCACUGACUUUUGAUUUGCUACA